CGUCACGGUCUUGUUUACUGUACGACGCGACUAGAUCCUCCUUUGCUGCCUAUAGAUCAAUAGCCUAUCCUGAACCAUGACGAAACAUAAACGACCGACAUCGCAAACACCUAUCAAAUCUAUCGUUUCGAAGCCCCGCAAGAAGAAGGUUACUCCUGUGCUAGCUGCACCUGACUUCAAUUCGGACAAAGAAAAUAUUACUGAUGCAGGUGAGACGGGCAAUGAGAAGAGGCCUCGUGUUAUGAUUCCUUGGUCAAAACCAGAAAAUCACCACCUCACAGAUCAACUGCUCACACUGAUCGAAGACUCGGAACUGUGGAAGGCCGUUUUCGGUUUCGACAAGGGCACUUCUGGUUCUGUCGUCGCAACAGGCAAAGGCAAGAACACCUUGAAGCACUCUGCUGGCGCUCAAUUUGAAAGAAGCGGAGAAAUUUACUUCUCGAUCGCGCUGCUGUCAACGUGUUCAAGUCUACGACAACGGCCAUGCUGGCAUUAGUUGUCAGUGAAUGCGUGGUCGUUAUAUCGUGGUUCAUCUGGGCAGC